UUUGGACUCGAAGCGGCUCGAGAAAUGUUGCAGAAAUUAUAACCUAUGUUACACCAGCGAGAAAGAGAGAGAUGUGUUAUAGAUUAUAAUUUUAUAGCGCGCAUCAACAACUUUUUCUUUUCUUAUAAUUAUUAGUGAAUAUUCCUAAUACACACACUAAAACGAGAGGCCAACGAAUGAGGUCCAACGUAUGUUCGUUUGUACGUUAUAUGCAACGUGAUUAUCAUAAGUUAUUACUAUUUUCCAUUAGAGGACGUAAUUUCCAACAAAACGUGCCAGUUCGUUACGUUAAAACUGACAGAAUGCCACGUUCAACUUCGCACGUGCUUAAUAUGCAAAGGGUAAGACAGAAGAUUAUGGAAAAGUCGGUAAAACACUUGGGCAAUACACAAGUAUCGUUACAGAUUCUGGGCAGUGGUGCUCGCGGUACGCCAAGAUGCGUUUACUUGAUGACGCACCACAGUAAAUACGUUUUCAAUUGCGGAGAGGGAAGCCAGAGGCUGGCACAUGAGCACAAAUGCAGGCUUGUAAAGUUGGAGCACAUAUUUGUAACAUCGGCCUCGUGGAACAAUUUAGGUGGUGUGCCAGGAAUGCUGUUAACGUUACAAAAUGUAGGUGUACCUGGCAUCAAUGUCCAUGGUCCUAAAGGAAGCAUAGAAAUAUUUAAUGCGCUCAAGAGAUUCGUGCAGCUAACUGAUUUGAAGAUCCACGAGGCCAAGUGCGACGAGUUGAAGACGUUUCAAGAUCAAGUUAUGACCGUUAUGUACGUUCCCGUUAUAAACCCAAAUGUACAGAAAAUGGAGCCCAUCAACAUAGGAGAAGAAGUCACCGAUGACAUCAUCAAUUACUACGAUUACACAACGAACUCUAAUGGCAAACGAGUACUUGAUAGCACAGCGCAGAAAGAGAGCAAAGCACCAAAAAUCGAACGGACGCCCAAUAAUGAGAGGAUAUCAAGCGUGAUGUCGUACAUUUGUAAAUUGCAUCCUCGCGCCGGCAAGUUAGACUUGGCCAAGUGUGUGGAGAAGGGUGUGAAACCCGGUCGUGAUUUGGGCCAGCUCAAAGCUGGUCACGACGUUACUUUGCCAGAUGGCACGGUCGUUUUCAGCAAGGAUGUCUUGUCUUCAUCGACACCAGGCCCUGUUUUCUUAGUUGUAGAAUGUCCAUCAGAAGAUUACCUGGAGCCCUUCGUGAGUCAGCCCGCUUUUACAAAAUACCAAACGGGAGGAGUAUCGAGUGCAGAUGAUAUUCCGUAUUGCAUCGUUCACUUCACGCCUCAGAAUGUGAUGGACGAUCCUCGGUACGUGGAUUGGAUGGGUAAAUUCGGUCUCAAUACCCGUCACAUAGUCGUAAAUGAAGAGAACGAGUGUAUGGGCACCGAAGCGGUGCACAGGCAUCAGCACAAACUCCAUACGUUACAUCCCGACAUAUUUCCUUUCUUGAACGAGGACAGUUUUAAAAAGAGGACUCGGCCAGAAGAUCUGCCUGUUAUACAUCGCGCCAGAACGCUCGACACCGUUCACCUGCAACCAGAACUGCUAUUCGAUAAGAAGAAGGAACUGUUGUUGCAGCCGGAGGAAUACUUGAACGAGAUUUUCGAAACUGAAGGUUUCUUGGAUGAAUUGGCAGAGGUGCAAACGAUCCUCAGCAACCGAGAGAAAUCGUUGCCCAAGAACGAGUAUCCGAAAAUUGUCAUGUUGGGUACCGGCUGUAGCAUUCCGAGUAAAGUGAGAAACACGAGCGGCAUACUUGUACGAGUGGACGAAAAUCACAGUAUAUUGUUGGAUUGCGGUGAGGGCACGUUCGGGCAGAUUGUGAGAAUCUAUGGGAGGUCCGAGGCAGACAACAUCGUCAAAACGAUCAAAGCGGUAUACGUGUCGCAUUUGCACGCGGAUCAUCACAUGGGACUGAUCAAUUUACUGAAGGAAAGGGAAAAAGCCACGCAGGAUCUUUUAUAUCUGCUCGCGCCGAAGCACAUCGCCUCCUGGUUACAGAUGUAUCAUAAACGCUUUGAACCCAUUUUGCAUCGGAUGAGACACGUAUACAACAGCGAGUUUUUAAUGGACGUCGAUCAAUCAAAGGAACCUGUAUAUGCGGAUGUAUACGCGGCGCUGAACGUGCAAGCCAUAACGAUGGUGCAUGUUAGGCAUUGUCCCUACUCGUACGGCAUUUCUGUGAUCCUCCGUGACGGAAAGAAAAUAGUAUAUAGCGGUGACACUCUACCCAGUGAGAAUCUCGUGAGACUCGGUCAAGACUGCGAUUUGCUAAUUCACGAAGCGACGAUGGAGGACGAUCUGCUGGAGGAAGCGAAGGUCAAGCAACAUUCAACGGUGUCGCAGGCUAUACAAGUAGGCAAGCAGAUGCAAGCUAAGUUUACGCUGCUGACGCACUUCAGCCAACGCUACUCGGUCAUACCUCAGUUACCGCAGGACGAGAAUCGGCCCAAGUUCGACGACGUUGGCAUUGCGUACGAUAAUAUGCACAUCAGCCUGUCACAACUGCCGCUCUUAUCCCCGAUGUAUCCAGCAUUAAAGUUAAUGUUCAACAAGCAUUAUGUAGGAUUGGAAGCGAAAGCUGCUAAACGACAGCGGAGGGUAGCGGAUUAAAAGAAAUAUUUUUGCUAUAAUCUAUCACAACGUCGUAAUUUUUGCCUUACAGUACACCAGGCAUAAUUUUUUACUGUCGAUUAAAAAUCAGUGCUUUAAAAAAAACUGUUUUAUGAACAUUGUAUGAUAAUGAAGCAACUAGGUAAUAAUGUUUUAUUACCGACGCUUUUUACUUUAAAAAAUGUGACAUAAAUCCAUCAUACAAAGCGGAUCCUCCAAACGUAAAGUCAAAUUCGAUCCACAUGGAAUAUGCCGUAGGUAUAUCUUUUACAAUAUUUUCGUAAAACUUUAAUUAAAGUCUUGUCGAAAAUGAAAAAGGACACGAUAAAUUUGACCGUAUGUGAGCCGACUGAUACAUGUUUUCUGUACAUAAUCAUGUAAUAUAUAAUGUAUAUACAUUAUACAUACAGGAUGUCCGUAAAAAUCGUAGUCAAAUUUUAUAUUUAUAUAGCAUGUUAAUGUGGUCAAAUAGAUGAAAAAUGUUCAUAUUAAUCUUCUUUUUCCUCUCUAUAUUAUGCUUAGGGCCUGUUUUUCUUCUGAAACUAGUAUUUCCGGUGAUCGGAAUUUUGAGCCAAUUCCAACUCGGAGAUGAUGAUGAAUACGUCGCUAGCCUAACCCAGGUUCAUAUAAACCUAUAUUUAUAAAUACUUUAUUAGAGUUAUAGUAAACGUUCAAAAACUCACCAGCACAAUUGUUCUUAUAAUAUAUUUGAACAUUUAUAUGAACUUGUUUCAUUCGCUCGAUUUCAUUAACGUACUACAUAAAUUUAGCCCCAAUUUUUCUGGACGUCCUGUAUAAGUCUGCAAAUCUCUUAGUUGCAUGUUAUAGAAAUUAGUUUCGUUACAAAUUACAUGUAUCGUAACGUGUUAUACGAGAUUAAUUUAUCGCGUUAUACGAUUGUUUUGUAUCAUGUUGACAGCGUUAUAAAAGGUCUAUUGUAUAUGACUGACAAUGAGAGAGGAACUUUAUCUGGUUGAAUAAGCUAUUCAGCCGAAAUCCUGAUCAAUAAAAAAUUUUCUUAU